CAUUCUCAUCACAAACAAACAAACAAACAAAACUCAGUUCUCAAUUCUCAAUUCUCUCUCUCGAUCUCGCGUUUCUACGAUUUAGAAGAAGAAGAAGAGCGAUGGCCCGUACGAAGCAGACUGCUCGCAAGUCCACCGGCGGCAAGGCUCCGAGGAAGCAACUGGCGACGAAGGCAGCCCGGAAGUCGGCCCCGACCACCGGAGGAGUGAAGAAGCCGCACAGGUACCGCCCUGGAACCGUGGCUCUCCGUGAAAUCCGAAAGUACCAGAAGAGCACGGAGCUGCUGAUCAGGAAGCUUCCCUUCCAGAGGCUUGUUCGUGAAAUCGCUCAGGACUUCAAGACGGACCUGCGUUUCCAGAGCCACGCGGUGUUGGCGCUGCAGGAGGCGGCGGAGGCCUACCUCGUUGGGCUCUUCGAGGAUACUAAUCUGUGCGCCAUUCAUGCCAAGCGUGUUACUAUUAUGCCCAAGGAUAUCCAGCUUGCAAGGAGAAUCAGGGGUGAGAGGGCUUAAGCAAUUUAGGAAUACAAGUUUGAUUUGCCCUCUCUGUAAAGGGGAUCUAGGGUUUAUAGGUGGAAUCAUGAUUAAGGGAUUUUUAGUUUUUUUUUUUAAUUUACUCCGGUUUAUAAUUAUUCCUCAUACUUGAAGAGUUAUUGCAAUUAUUUUGUGUUGAACCUCUA